CAGAGUUGUGGGUGAGUCCGCGGCAGUGUGUGCUUCCUCAGUGGUCUCUGCCGUCUGCAGAGUUAGAGCUGUGUUGUACCUCCUUACACAGUGAGGAAAGGGAGAAGGGUAGAGUGCCACGCAGGCUUCGUUUCACAUGCGCUCCUGGUACCCAGCACUUAGGGAUUUCAAACCUGGUUAAAUCUAGUAGUAAAGAGGACUUGAACAUAAAUCGAAUAAAACAGGAAAGAACCUGCCCCCUGGUUUGUGUGAAAUGUGGAAGUUGAAUAUAACAAGCUCCAGAGAAUUCUCAGACUUCCCUUCUGUUGAAUUUCAUAAUCCAGAAAGCUAACAGCACUCAGGAGGUAUUUUCAGAAGGAAAACUUGGGAGUUGUAGUGAUGCAGUGAUUGUCCAAAUUCAAGGAGACUUAGACCUGUUACUUCAGUCUAUAAAAUCAGGGCUACUCUUGUUAAUAACAAGUUACUCAUUGAUCUUUUCCCUAAUUGUCUUGUAAGUAUGCAGUCAGGUUACCUGGAAACUACAUGAUUCGGGAUAUUGAACAAAUUGCACAAAGAGAUACAGAGUUCCAGAUUAUUAUAACUAACCAUUGUCAGAAUUUUUACUCAGUAUGUAUGCGGUUUUAUAACAUACUGCUUUUUGUUUCGUUUUUCCUUACAGAAAUACACUUCCGGGAAAUGGCCUCUAAAUCUUGGCUGAAUUUUCUAAUCUUUCUCUGUGGAUCAGCAAUAGGAUUUUUUUUAUGUUCUCAACUGUUUAGUAUUUUAUUGAGAGAACAGGGUGACACCCAGCCUAAAAUUCUUCAUAAUGAUCCUCAUGCUGGGCACUCGGAGGACAGUGGGCAGAACCACGCGCAAGGACAAAUCAACUUCAAUGCAGACUCGAGCCAACAUAAAGAUGAGAACACAGACAUCGCUGAAAACCUCUAUCAGAAAGUUAAAAUUCUCUGCUGGGUUAUGACAGGCCCUCAAAAUCUAGAGAAAAAGGCCAAACAUGUCAAAGUGACAUGGGCCCAGCGCUGUAAUAAAGUGUUGUUUAUGAGUUCAGAAGAAAAUAAAGACUUCCCUACUGUGGGAUUAAAAACCAAAGAAGGCCGAGAUCAACUGUAUUGGAAAACAAUUAAAGCUUUUCAGUAUGUUUAUGACCAUCAUUUAGACGAUGCUGAUUGGUUUAUGAAAGCAGAUGAUGAUACCUAUGUCAUACUGGACAACUUGAGAUGGCUUCUUUCAAAAUAUGACCCUGAACAACCAGUUUACUUUGGGAGGAGAUUUAAGCCCUAUGUGAAGCAAGGCUACAUGAGUGGAGGAGCGGGGUACGUACUAAGCAAAGAAGCCCUGAGGAGAUUUGUUGAUGCAUUCAGAACAGACAAAUGUACGCAUAGUUCUUCUAUUGAAGACUUGGCCCUCGGGAGGUGCAUGGAAAUCCUCAAUGUGCAAGCAGGGGACUCCAGAGACACCACUGGGAAAGAGACUUUUCAUCCCUUUGUCCCAGAACAUCACCUAAUCAAAGGUUACCUGCCUAGGACCUUUUGGUACUGGAAUUACAACUACUAUCCUCCUAUUGAGGGUCCGGGUUGCUGUUCUGAUCUUGCAGUUUCUUUUCAUUAUGUUGAUUCUACAACUAUGUAUGAAUUGGAAUACCUCGUUUAUCAUCUUCGCCCAUAUGGUUAUUUAUAUAGAUAUCAACCUGACUUACCUAAAAAUACAUUAAAGGAAGUAAGUCAAGCAAACAAAAAUGAAGAUUCAAAAGUAAAAUUAGGAAACCGCUGAAGGAAGAAGUCUGGCAUUGCAUUGAAGGACUCUGCGUGCUUUACAGGAGCCUGGAUCUCAGUGAGCAAUUCUAAGUGAACAUUCCACAGACAUCUUUGAUACAUAAGUGACUCUAAACUGAAGCUUUAAAAGAGCUGUGAAGUCUGCUAAAAUGUGUUUUUGAUACAGUAAUAUAUAUAUAUAUAUAUGAAGAACGUGUGCUUUAAAGCCAGGUAGAGGAACAGGAGAUUUGUUGUCUGUUUCUGACCGUGUGUAUUAUUGUCAGUUUGGUAGAAUAAUACUGCACUGUGUUAGCAACAUACAAUACUAAACUGAUCUGCCUUAAAGAAAAUUUUAGAAGGGAGUGUCGUUAUUCAGUGUUUAUAAACUCAAGAAUUGAGCUUAUAUUUGCAACAUAUUAAGUGAACCAACCCCCUACCACCACUACUCCCAAACUAGCAUUUUUGUCUAUUGAAAGAUGGCUGAGAUAAUUAAUGAUUGGCAGUAUUUCUUCCAGGAAAACAGAAUGCACCUACCUUAAAGUGCAUUAAUAAAACCAUAUUUUGAAAUUAUCCUGGGCCUUGACUAUGUUAUAUACUUACUGUUCUGAUUAGUAGUUAACCACUCUUCAGUACUACUCUGCACUAUUAAUAUUUAUUUACUCACAGCAUUAAUUGCUUUCUAUAAAUACGCAUUUUAAGUUAUUUUGCUCCCAAAUAUCCCAUUAUUUUAGGCAACUAGUAAAUAAAUAUAAUGCUAUUUAGGCAUAUAUUUCUUGUAUCACUGCCACUCUCAGGAAUAAUUAAGUAACAUUUUUAUUUAAGACUUUUCCAACUGCAUUAUUUCAUUUUACUUUUGUGUUAAGAGAUAAGAACUUGUUUGUGCCUUUCAUAACUUGUUUAAAGCAGAGUUGGUAAAGCACUUUGAAGAUCUGAGGUGGCUAUUACUGUGGCAAAAUAUUCUGAAUGGAAGAUUUUGUGAAUUUAAAACAUUAGACAGUGCAGAAUGCUUAAGUAAGCCAAGUAGUUUAACUGAAAGACCAAACACUUGAGGAUAAGAACCUGAAGUUGCUUGCUGACUUAGGAUUUGGGGAUUAUUGUUUGGCCAGUGGACAGUUUUAACAAAGCUGAAUACUCCUCCAAUAUGCUCAUCAAAAACAUGUUCAUAAAUCACUUAUAUUCAUUAUAAAGAGCUUCUGGAAGGAAGGGAAGUUCUUGUCUACAGUAAUGAGUGCCGAGUGUAUGGUGACAAUAUACUAAAGCUGCAGAUUACUUUGAAUGUUAGAUUGACCUUUCCCAUGUCGUUAUGCUGACUUUACCUGGCUGUCACGCCGUGACUCUGCUGCUUCCCUAAAUAUAUUGUGCCAAAACAUGUCAAAACCAUGACCUGUUGGUGUUCUGUGUGAGCAAGUGUUCAUCUGAUGUGGCUAGUUGUGGAGUGCUCUGUCUACAUAACGAAAACACGUACCACUUGUUCAGUCUGCAGUUGUUGAUGGGGUCAUGUGACCUGCCAAGACUCCACAGUAUUCAUCUGUUCUUCCAACAGAGCCGCUUCUGAGGUGGACACAAAUUCAUUUGUAACCCACGUAUGCUUUUCUUUUUGCUAGAGGUAUAAAUUCUUUAUCGUGACCAUCCAAAAACCUUGAAAUUCACACCUAGGAAAUUCACAUGGAGAAGAAUCUUCUGCUCUGGAGUCAGACUGCCUUGGUUGAAGUUUGUUUUUGAGCAACGUCACAAGAUGCCCUGUGCCUCAGUUCUCUCAUCUGUAAGUUAGGGAUAAUAAUUCUACCUACCUCACAGGAGUUAUACGAGGAUUAAAUAAGUAAAUGCUUGUGGAAGGCUCUGAGCAUAUUGGCCCAGAAUAAGAAGUGAGAGAUUGUUUUCUUAUAUCUGACUGUAAAUAAUUAAAUGAUCAAAUUCAGACAUUGAAGGGAACACUUUGUACAUUUUAGGCUAGCUGGUAAAUUAUCUAGUGCCUGUUGUAUGAUAGGUGCUGUGCUUAAACGCUCUAAAGGUCAAUGUUAAUCCUCACGUUGGGUGAUCUCACUGUACACAUGAGGAAACUGAGGUUCAGAGAACUAAGGUAACUUCUCCACAAUCACAGAACUAGAUUUAUACUUAAAGUCUGUAUUUACUGGUACCAUGUCAGAUUGGAGUUAGCCAUUUAGUAUUCUUUCCGUUUUUAUUGGCAGCAUGUGACAGGACCAGUACUAGAUUAGCCAGCCAAAUUGUCGGAGUGAUUCCUGUGUUCUGAGGGUCACGCUCUUGCCCAGGACUCACUAAGAUGUCCAGUUCCCAGCCCAGCGAUUGCUGGGAGCGUGCACUCUUAACCAUGGCAAGGCUGUGGUCUCAAGGAGCUGCUUUCACUGUCACACUCCGGUCCACACCUUGUGCUCAGAAAUGUCACCGAGGAGCCUGGCUUUACUGUUGAGACAAGCCCUACAGGUUAGUCAUUUUCACUGUAGUUCGAUGCAGAUGGGUCUGGCACACACUGAAAGUUACUGCCUUAUGCAUAAAGUAUUUCUCAUGCUUUGGUGACAAAUGUUUUAAAUCCCUGUAGUCCAGGAUUACACUAUGUUCAUUGUAAACUAAUUUAAAAGUUUCAAGGGUCAGUGGAUUAGCCAUUUCAGCAAAAUUUCUUAGCGCCUCCAAACUGGUCCGUCAGCCCACAGUAUGGUUCUCCAAGCUCAGCAGUUCCACUCUAGUGUAGGAAGGGUUCAUGAAGUACUAAUAAAAUACACUUCGUUAAAAGCAUAGAAGAAUGUGCUCUGUUACUAGAGUUUUAAAUAGGGAUAGAAAAUGGAGUUAUAGUAUGCAAAGCAUUUUUCAACAGAUUCAUACUAUCAGUUUAAAAUUGUCACAAGAACCAUUUAUCUUAUAUGACCUAAAAACAAAAAAAAAUUAAGUAUUUAAUAUAGUACAUAAAACCAGAUUUCCUGAUACUGUUUGAGUCGGUGCUUUCCGUGUGCUGUCAGAACACAGGCUUUGGAUGGCCUCUGCUCUUGCAUUGUCCUCUAAUGGCGGGCUCACAGACAGAAGGCAGAGUUUUGUCCCAAAGUUUGCCUCCAGACACCGUAAACCUUAGAGGAGUUUUUGUUUCUGUAAUGAUAUUCACAAAAUAAGUCACCAGGUUUUAAUGUGGUUAUUAGAUUUGGGCAUUAAAAUCACUGUUUAACUUUCCAUAA